AUGAACCGAGACAUGCAGCUGAAGAUGGCAAGGACUCUCCCGGCCCUCAACGCGGAGGAAGGACUCCUGCGGCCCUCAACGCCGAGGAAGGACUCCUGCAGCCCUCAACGCGGAGGAAGGACUCCUGCGACCCUCAACGCAGGACUCCUGCGGCCCUCAACGCGGAGGAAGAACUCCUGCGGCCCUCAACGCGGAGGAAGGACUCCUGCGGCCCUCAACGCCGAGGAAGGACUCCUGCAGCCCUCAACGCGGAGGAAGGACUCCUGCGACCCUCAACGCGGAGGAAGGACUCCUGCGGCCCUCAACGCGGAGGUAGGACUCCUGACUGCGGCCCUCAACGCAGUGGAAGAACUGCGGCCCUCAACGCGGAGGUAGGACUCCUGACUGCGACCCUCAACGCGGUGGAAGAACUCCUGCGGCCCUCAACGCGGAGUACACAGACUGUGAUAGAGAGCAGCUACAGCACACAGACUGUGGUAGAGAGCUGCUACAGCACACAGACUGUGAUAGAGAGCCGCUACAGCACACAGACUGUAGUAGAGAACCGCUACAGUACACAGACUGUAGUACAGAGCCGCUACAGUACACAGACUGUAGUAGAGAGCCGCUACAGUACACAGACUGUAGUAGAGAGCCGCUACAGCACACAGACUGUAGUAGAGAGCCGCUACAGUACACAGACUGUAAUAGAGAGCCGCUACAGCACACAGACUGUAGUACAGAGCCGCUACAGUACACAGACUGUAGUAGAGAGCCGCUACAGCACACAGACUGUAGUACAGAGCCGCUACAGCACACAGACUGUAGUACAGAGCCGCUACAGUACACAGACUGUAGUAGAGAGCCGCUACAGCACACAGACUGUGGUAGAGAACCGCUACAGUACACAGACUGUAGUAGAGAGCCGCUACAGCACACAGACUGUAGUAGAGAGCCGCUACAGCACACAGACUGUGGUAGAGAGCUGCUACAGCACACAGACUGUGAUAGAGAGCCGCUACAGCACACAGACUGUAGUAGAGAACCGCUACAGUACACAGACUGUAGUACAGAGCCGCUACAGUACACAGACUGUAGUAGAGAGCCGCUACAGCACACAGACUGUAGUAGAGAGCCACUACAGUACACAGACUGUAGUAGAGAGCCGCUACAGCACACAGACUGUAGUAGAGAGCCGCUACAGUACACAGACUGUAGUAGAGAGCCGCUACAGCACACAGACUGUAGUACAGAGCCGCUACAGUACACAGACUGUAGUAGAGAGCAGCUACAGCACACAGACUGUAGUAGAGAGCCGCUACAGCACACAGACUGUGGUACAGAGCCGCUACAGUACACAGACUGUAGUAGAGAGCCGCUACAGCACACAGACUGUGGUACAGAGCUGCUACAGUACACAGACUGUGGUAGAGACCCGCUACAGCACACAGACUGUAGUAGAGAGCCGCUACAGUACACAGACUGUAGUAGAGAGCUGCUACAGCACACAGACUGUAGUAGAGAGCCGCUACAGUACACAGACUGUAGUACAGAGCCGCUACAGCACACAGACUGUGACCACUAAUGCAAGUCCGGGUUACAAGACCAAUGGCAGACCUCUGACCACUAAGGCAAGUCCGGGUUACAAGACCAAUGGCAGGCCUCAGACCACUAAGGCAAGUCCGGGUUACAAGAACAAUGGCAGGCCUCAGACCACUAAGGCAAGUCCGGGUUACAAGAACAAUGGCAGGCCUCAGACCACUAAGGCAAGUCCGGGUUACAAGAACAAUGGCAAGCCUCAGACCACUAAGGCAAGUCCGGGUUACAAGACCAAUGGCAGGCCUCAGACCACUAAGGCAAGUCCGGGUUACAAGACCAAUGGCAGGUCCAAGGGAAGUCCAGUUAAAAAAAAUAAUAAAGAAUCUCAGAUGCAACUAUUUAGAGUUGAGAUCAUAAAUAUGGCCGACGACAAAUGGGGUUAA